GAAGCGAAUCCACCAUCAAAGUACUUAUUAGUGCUGCCCGUUUCCAUCCGCACAACAGACAGGCAGAUAUAAGAUAUAGCGCUUAAGUAUUGUGAAACAUUUCCAUGUUUCCUUGCUCGCACUUUACAACACCCAACCUAGAACUAUAAUGGCGUCGGUCUCAGAACAAGCUCCUAGCACGGACCUGAUCACCUUGAGCAGACAUGUGAUGGACGACCAGCUGCGGCUGGGAGCAGCUGCCACGGGAGAUCUCACCCUCUUGCUCAUCGCUAUCCAGGUGACUAGCAAGUUCAUCGCGACCAAUGUGCGAAAAGCCCGGCUCAUCAACCUUGUCGGCCUUGCUGGCGAGACCAACGUCCAAGGCGAGGAGCAGAAAAAGCUCGAUGUUCUGGCUAACGACAUCAUGGUCAACGCCCUGCGGGCGUCUGGAAAGACCGCAGUCUUGGUCUCGGAGGAGCUUGACAAUGCCAUCAUCAUUGAGGAGAAGAACAGGGGAAAGUACUGUGUAGUCUUUGAUCCGCUUGACGGUAGUAGCAACAUCGAUGCUGGUGUCAACAUCGGGACUAUCUUCGGCAUUUACCCUGUGAGACCGGACUCUGAUGGAACUAUUGGAGAUGUGCUCAGACCAGGGAGUGAGAUGGUUGCUGCAGGAUACACGAUGUAUGGUUCCUCGGCGAACUUGGUUCUCUCCACUGGGUCUGGUGUUAACGGGUACACCCUGGACGCCGCUCUAGGAGAGUUUAUCCUCACUCACCCUGAUAUCAAAAUACCUGCUCGUGGUAAAAUUUACUCCUUCAACGAAGGAAACUCGAUGUAUUUUUAUCCUCCUGUGACCAACUACCUGAACUCGAUCAAGUAUCCGAAGACUGGUUCUCCUUACUCCGCUCGGUACAUUGGGUCCAUGGUCGCAGAUGUGCAUAGGACGCUGUUAUAUGGAGGGAUUUUCGGAUACCCUGACGAUAAGAAGAGCAAAUCUGGAAAGUUGCGAUUACUAUACGAGGCAUUCCCCAUGGCCUUUUUGACCGAACAAGCCGGUGGAGUCGCAACUACGGGCACCAUGCGUAUCCUCGACAUUGUGCCAACGAGCAUACAUGAGCGGUGCUCUGUGUUCCUCGGGAGUCGGGACGAUGUGCAGGAUCUUACGAAAUUCUAUGCCAGUGUGAAGGCCUAAUCAAGAUUAGCAACCAGUGAUAUGUACUGCCUGCCAUGUCCAAUGGAAUUAAUUGUAUCCAAUCACUGCGUGGUUUUUGUGUUGAGACUUGAACUGAAAUUUAUUAAAGCCGAAAAUGGAAUGCUUGGUGAAUUCUUAUGAAAUGUUUACUCAUAAUCCUCAGGGUCUUCGGUGUUCGAAUGUAACGAGAGCUCGAAUGUGAAGUGACGCGAUGGUUGCGCGAUAGCACGCGCUGUCGCUUUCUGGUGUGGUUGAGCCAGUGGGAGGACAAGGACCCUCGACAAGACUCGAGUAUUUCAUAUUGGCAAUAUUUCAUGACACUGUUCAGCACUUGGACUGAAUCGGAU